AUGGGUGCGUGUAACAGGAAGCAAAAACUAUUCAAACAAGAUAGUGUACAUAGAAUUCAAUACGAACUUCUGAAAUCGAUCGAUGGUUAUGAUAAAAUACCAAUUGUUUCAUUGGAACAAGCUGUUCUACCUUUGAUACCUUUUUUACCUCAAAUUCAAACGUAUGUUCAUCUGAUGAAAGAUAAAUGUGCAAAUCCUGCUGAUGGAUUAACAUCUGACGAAUCAGCUUCCAUUAUGCUUUAUUCAAUAGGAUGGCAACCAUUGAAUGAAUGUCUCUAUGUUGUUUUAAAUAGUACAUUACAAUCGAUGAAUCAACACAGUCUUAAGCCAUGGUUUCUGUAUUUAAAACUUUUAUUUACCGCUGUUUUGCAUCUUCCAUCAAUUCAUCUAACUGUCUACCGACAUAGUAAAUCAGCUUUAAUGAAACAAUAUGACGAGGAUGAAAUUAUUGUCUGGUGGGAUUUUUCAUUAUGUACAACUUCAAUUGAACCUUUUAAGUCAGAACAAUGUUCGGAUAAAAUAGAAACAAGAACAUUAUUUACAAUUGAAUGUAAUACAAUCAAAGAUAUUCGUAAACAUACAUAUUUUCAAUCGGAUAAUUCAUUAUUAAUUUUACCGGGAACUCAAUUUAAAGUAAUUCUAUCCGUUGAGCAAGAUAUUAAUCUUCAUUUAAUUACUCUGCAAGAAAUUCAAUCAUCAUUUCUUCUACAAAGUGAAACUCCAGCUAUUAAGCCUAGAAGUUCUUUCAAAAAAUUUUUUUCAAGUAAAAAAGAGUCAGAAAAAAUAGGGACAAGCCACAAAACAUCUAUAUCUACUGGUAGUUACCGAAAUACAUCAAUUGAACAAUUAAUUGUCGAAAGUGGUCGUAGUUGGACUGUAGAUUUAGAUGAACAACAUAUAACUGGCCAAGAUAUAAAAAUUGUCGUUAAACAUGCUAUUAUAAAAAAUCGUUGUAAACGUAUUCGAUUACGUGAUAAUCAUAUAACGUCACUAGGUGCUUUAACAUUAGCCGAAGGUUUAAAUAACAAUAUGGUGCUAGAAUCAUUGGAUCUAAGAAACAAUUAUGUAUCAGAUUUAGGUGUAAAAUAUUUAGCGUUAUCCAUUAUAAAUUCAAAUCUUAAGACACUUAAUCUUGAAUCAAAUGGAAUUACAACUGAAGGUGCACACUAUUUAGCUCAAAUGCUUAAAAAUAAUCAAACAUUAACCGACUUAUAUUUAUCAAAGAAUCAUUUAGGUGAUCGAGGUGUGGAAUGGUUAACAAAUGUACUUAAUCAUGGUAAGAAAAAUUAUCAGGAUCAAGAAUAUACAGAAUUUGCGGGAUUUCGUCGCCGCAGGGAUCAGAUUGAAGAUGAACCUCGUACUGGUCGACCAAAAACUGCAGUCACUCCAGAAAACAUCGAAGCUGUUCGUGAACUGGUAGACAUUGAUCCACAUAUUACAUGUCAACAGAUAGCAGACACUUUACAGAUUGGAUCGGCACCAACUGAAAUUAUUCUUCAUGAUUAUCUUGGUUUAAAAAAAGCUACAUGUCGUUGA